AGCAACAGAUUGAACCCUGCCAACACAAAGCCAUUGCGCUUGCAAUCCCCUCUUUGUUUUUUUCAACAAAAUGGCUGAUUUAGGGGAUGAUACCGGAGCGAGAGCCCUGUUGGCCCUCAGAUCCGCUCCUUGUAGCCCGGUGGGUAUAUCGAUCCCACCCGUGUACACUCUCUCCUCCUCGACUUCGCCCAGGAUCACAUCCUCCAUGCCCCUCUCCCCUCCGUCGCAGGCCCUCGCGCGGCUGGAAGGCAGGGACUUCGAGUUCGUCAUGCGCCAGAAGUCGGUGACUGUUGGGCGGAAUUCUUCGCACGGUUCCGUGGACGUCAACAUGGGACACUCCAGCUUCAUAUCCAGAAGACAUCUGCAGAUCGCCUUCGAGGAGCCACAUUUCUACCUGCGCUGUCUCGGCAAGAACGGCGUGUUUGUCGAUGGCGUUUUUCAGAGGAGAGGCGCACCUCCACUUCUCUUACCGAGGGAGUGCACUUUUCGAUUUCCCAGUACGGUGAUAAAGAUUCAGUUUACAACGCUCUACCACAAGCAGACACAGAAGGAAGAGGCUCCCGUUUCCCCUGUGAGACCCUUUUACUCACAAAUCUCUCCACUGAAAAUCAGCAUUCCUGAAAAUGACUUCAGAAGUAUGAUGAGUCCCCUGCCUUCACCCACAGGAACUAUUAGUGUUCCCAAUUCCUGUCCAGCGAGUCCUCGUGGCGCAGGAUCUUCAGGAUUCCGCUAUGGACGCAACAUCACCUCAGAUCUUCAGCUGGCAGCUGAGUUCGCAGCCAAGGCUGUAUCAGAACAGCGUACUGAAGCCACAGGAGGAGACAGUCCUAAGGAUGAAUCCAAACCUCCAUACUCUUAUGCUCAGCUGAUCGUUCAGGCCAUCUCUUCUGCACCAGACAGGCAGCUAACACUAAGCGGCAUCUACGCUCACAUCACCAAGCAUUAUCCAUACUACAGAACAGCCGACAAAGGCUGGCAGAAUUCCAUCAGACACAAUUUGUCUCUGAACCGCUACUUUAUUAAAGUGCCACGCUCACAGGAAGAGCCAGGAAAGGGUUCAUUCUGGCGUGUAGACCCCUCGUCUGAGGCCAAGCUGGUGGAGCAGGCCUUCCGAAAGCGUCGGCAAAGAGGGGUAUCCUGCUUCCGCACACCCUUCGGCCCACUCUCCUCCAGGAGUGCCCCAGCAUCUCCCACCCACUCUGGCCUCCUGUCUCCACAUUCAAGUGGCCUGCAGACCCCUGAGUGUUUGUCCCGGGAAGGGUCACCAGUGUCUCAUGAGCAUGACUUUGGUUCCAAGCUUGCUUCUGUGCCCGAGUAUAGAUACUCACAGAGUGCACCAGGCUCUCCAGUGAGUGCCCAGCCUGUAAUCAUGGCCUUGCCCCCUCAGCCCUCAGCUGCGAUACACAAGCCUGUUGCUUACAUGCCAGCAUCCAUCAUCAGCUCCUCCCAGGCCUCUGGUCAGGCCAUUCAUGUGGUGCAACAGGCGCCAGCUGUCACCAUGGUCCGUGUAGUGACCACCUCGACCAGCUCCCCCAAUGGCUACAUCCUGGCUAACACCUUCUCCAGCUCUGUUGAUGGUUUUGGAGAUCAAAGAAUGGAUGAGAUGCCUGUGGUUGGCAGUAGAGUUAUUCAGGCUGUAGGAAGUCACAUAAGCUCAGCCAAUAGGGGGCAGCAGAGCUACACUGUCGUUCAGCAGACUGCCAUGCACCAGCUUCCCGUACAGACCAUUGCGCAGAAUGGCAAGCAUGCUCUCCCCAUCACCAGUGUAUCAUCCAGUGCUUACGCUCUUACCAAUCCUCUGCAGAUCUUGGCUGCCCAGGCUUCAACAUCCCCUCCUGUACUAGUCAACAGGCCUCCCAGCAUGGAGGUCGAAGAGUCCGGCAAUGAUGAGCCUGAGCCCAAAAGGCCAAAAAUGGAGGAAGUUGCCAUCACUCCAAUCCCCCAACCUGUUAUUGUAGCAAUGAACCAAGACGCCAGCGAAUGAAUGCGUGAGUGGAAGAGUCGAUGAUGGAUCUUUAAAGCACGUUCCUCAAUAACGUUAUCGAGCAAGGGGAAAGUGUCUUGUUUUCUUUCAACGAGAACUUUAAUGUAUUGAAAACGACAAACCCGAACAUGGGUAACGGAAUCGAUUGUUUUGUAUGAAGAGAUUAAACGUGUUUCAUGGCGGGGGGGAAUUCAUUGAGCUACAUCUGGAAGCAUUAAAAUUCAAUGCUCACACAGUUUUAAUGUUUUAGGGGUUUUUAAUCUUGUAAAGAAUGUUUGAAAGAGUGUCUCUCAAAGGUAUGAAGUAGUUCCUCACAAGGUACAGGUUGAGAGUUUUUUUUUUUUGGGUUGGGGUGGGACCAAUACCUAUGCAGCUAUAACAGUUUGAGAACAUGAGUCUUUCUCCGAAUUGAAGCAGUAUAUAUUAGAGGUCACAGUGUUACUGCAGUUGCCUGUGCAGCCUUUGUGAGGAUUUAUUUAUCUCCCUGUUCAGGAAGAGUUAGAAAUUUUGAAAUAAGAUUGUUACUACUAAAAAGCACAUGAAGCAACCUACAAAGUAGAUAUGAAAUAGAUAUAGAUGGAGUUCAUUAUCAUACCAUAUUGUAAUGUACAAUUAUUAUUAUUAUUGUGUGUAUGGAGGACUCCUUGCUGGCUUAUAACAAAGAGAAAUGUCUAGAAAUUCAAAAUUUGUCUAUUUAGUGCAAAAUUUAAAUUAACUCAAUGAAUGUAGGAACUGUUUGUUUAUUUGUUAUGGUUUAUGACACCCAAUUGUGACCUACAAUAUAUGUAUUAAAAAAAAAAAAAUUGUGUGUUUAAAAAAUGUAAUGACUAAGUUUUAAGUUAAUUCUAUUUAACGUAGCUCAGUUGUAUCUGUCCAUCCCCAUUAGCACUUGGCUGAAAUUUCGUUCCGUAGAUAUCUUGUGUAGUAAUAUGAUCCAGAUUGCAUCAAUGGAUGAAAGCAAGUAAACAGUUGAAAUACUGUUGUAUCUAACUGUUGGGACAGGAUUAAUGUCAACCAAAUGCUUUUCCAUUUCUAAGACCCAGGAAUGUAAAUGUUAAAUAUAGAUUGUUGGAGAGGCUGUGAUCCUUUAAUGUUCAUAGAAGCCACUAAAUUAAUGUUCAGUAUUUUUUUUUUAUUAUUUUUUUUUUUUAGAUAAUUCGCGACCUCGCAAUUAUUUGUUCUUGUAAGAAGCUUUUUUUUUUUUUGGUAAUAUACACAAUUGCAGCCUUUAAUGAGACUUUCUAAUUUUAUGAAGAGUGAAAAUAUAGUUAGAAUUAUCAAAAAGGGGUUUUCAAGACAAUCACUAAUGGGAUAGUUUAGUAGCCGCUUUAUAUGUUGCUAAUAAUAUGCACCACAAAUGUUGAAAAGUACCUUAGAGUACUUUGUAAGUAAGCUAAAUGUUAUCGCUAGCUUAUUUGUACGCUAAUGUUGUUGUACGACACAGUUGUACAGUGUUUCCUUAGUAGUAGAAGUAGAAAGGAUACUUCAACAGACCAAAUACAUAUCCUCAUUAUUAGUGCCUUAGCGCUUUGCUUCUUUCAGGACUCCGUAAUAAUUGUGAUAUACUACUUAGACAACAUCAUCCAACUUUGAAACUUAAAGUUCAUUUUCAGGUUUGUUUGAACACAGAGUAAAUAAAGAACAGUACGCAUCAUUCUGCUGUGUAACAAUACACCGCUAUUUAACUGUACCUAGAAUGUAGGAAUCUAGAAGAAUAUAUAUAAUACACUGUGGACUUGUGACAGGAGCAAUAUGUUAAAAGUAGACAGGAAAUCAAAUCUCACUACUUUCUCUUUAUUAUUUGAACAGUUGUUUUUCCAUCAGUGCUCAUUUUUAAGUUUUUAUUGAUUCAAAACUUCAGAUUUUCCACACAAAUCAAGAGUGAUCUGCAAUACAUCCCAGUCUUUUGGAGUGCAGCAUUAACGGGUUUUAACACAGAGCAUUGUAGAAAAAAAAACUUGAAAAAGCUACAAUCUUCUGUGGUUGCAUGAUCAAUUAAAACAUUUAUAUCAAGGCUGAAGUUAUAUACAGAUACAUAUAUUAAUGGCCUUUCAGAUAUUUCUCAAUGUUGUGGGACUUUUUGAUGUGUCACAUCUUAAUACCUAUGUGGUAUUUAAUAAACAAUUGAGAGAACCACUAUUCCAUUGUAAGUUUAUUAUUUUGUUUCAUAAAAUCGAAUGAUUUUUGACUGGCCUGUCGAAGGAAAGAAAUGCAUUUACUGAUGCAAUGUUUUGUCUCAUUAAGUAGAAGGCUUUAGUGAUUCCAACCCCUUUUAGAUCAUUAUGAAAUAUCCAAUGGUAUGGAGAAAAAAAAUAUAUAUAUUCUUGUCUGUCAUAGUCUUGCAUUUAGCAACAUACUAUACAUAGCCUACAGGAUUGGCUCUCACUGCCUUCAUAUUUUUUAUUUUAUUUUUUUAACAAUCUCACUGUGUCUGUAUGCAUUUAUAACCAAGGAGUAUUUUUGUCACAUUGGUAUUCUGAUUUUGUGUGCGUGUGUGUGUUUGUUGCAUAUUAGCAUUUGCAAACCUUUAUACACUAAACAUUUCUAAUUUAAACUGAACUGAUGUAAGUUUCCUUCCACUUUUGAAACAAGUUAUUACGCUGGACAUAAUUUGUAUCCACUGUAGACAAAACACCCCCCACUACUGUUCUUCAAAAUUGUAUCACCUUGUUUUUGUAAGAUCGUACAAUGCAUAUUUUAACGUGUAUUAAACUGCACAAUGCAUAUGAGGGCUUUUCUUCUGUCAAUGCAGUUAAUGUCAUUGUGUAUUUGGAAAGAAUAAAUAUACUUCAUUGCUAA